AUGGCAUUUGACGAUGUUCUGGAGACGGUGGGCAGCACAGGCCGGUUUCAGGUGCUGCACGUGAUGCUGCUCUGUAGCCCAAUGUUCAUGAUGGCCAGCCACAACCUGCUGCAGAACUUUGUGGCCAUCGUGCCCCCCCACUUCUGCCGUGCCCCGAGAAACUCCUCCAUCUCCCACCUGGGCCCCCAGGAGGCGCUGUUGCUCACCGUGCCCUUAGACUCGGAGGGGAAGCCGUCAAAGUGCCAGCGCUACUCCACCCCGCAGUGGCACCUGCUGGCCCGAAACAACAUCCCCACUGAGACAGGGGGCGCUGUCUCCAGUACCCUGGAUCCACUCAGCACAGAGCUGCAAGGUUGUGAGGAAGGAUGGGAGUACAACAUGACUGAAAUUACCUCUAGCAUCAUAUCUGAGUGGGAUCUGGUAUGUGAUUCUCACUUGCUGAAACAGAUGGGACAAAGCAUUUACAUGGGAGGGGUGCUAGUCGGAGCAGUGGUCCUUGGGGGCCUCGCCGACAAGUUUGGCCGGCGGAUCCUGCUGAUGCUCUCCUACCUGCUGAUGGCGGUGUCAGGCACCUGCGCUGCCUUCUCCCCCUCCUUCCAGCUCUUCUGCUUCUUCCGCUUCCUCUGUGGCAUGGCGCUUUCAGGCCUGGGCCUGAACUCCCUGUCCUUAAUUUUGGAGUGGAUUCCCACACGCGUGAGGACGGUGGUUGGCACGGGGACUGGGUACUUCUACACCGUGGGACAGCUGAUUUUGGCCGGGAUGGCGUACUUCAUAAGGGACUGGCGCUGGCUUACGCUUGCCGCCUCCAUACCCUACUUCGUCGUUUUCCUCUACUCCUUGUGGUUCCUGGAGAGUGCUCGAUGGCUGGUGCUGAACGGGAAGUCCAAACAAGCGGUGAAGAACCUGCGCUACGUGGCUCUUUUCAAUGGACGGAGAGCAGAGGGGGACGAAAUCAACGUCAAGGUGCUGCAGGAGUCGAUGAAGAAGGAGAUGUCCUGUUCCCAGGGCACACACUCUGCCUUGGACCUGCUGCGUACCCCCGCCCUGAGAAACAUCACAAUCAGCCUCUGUGUUGUCUGGUUCACCACCAGCUUCGCUUAUUACGGGCUCUCCAUGGACCUGCAGAAGUUUGGUGUGGAUAUCUACCUGAUCCAGGUGAUCUUCGGGGCUGUGGACAUCCCUGCCAAAGUCAUCAUGACUGUGUCUAUGAGCAAGAUCGGCCGGCGAGUUUCCCAAAGUGCUGCCAUCAUACUGUCCGGCAUCAUGAUACUAGCCAACUUACUAGUGCCAUAUGAGAACCAGGUGUUACGCACCACUCUGGCAGUGCUGGGCAAGGGGUGCUUGGCUGCAUCUUUCAACUGCUGCUUUCUGUACACUGGAGAGCUUUUCCCCACCAUUAUCCGGCAGAACGGAAUGGGCUGGGUGUCGAUGAUGGCGCGUCUCGGGGCCAUGGUGGCCCCCCUCAUACUGAUCCUCGGAGAUGUGGUGUCCUGGCUGCCUGGCCUGAUCUACGGGGGGAUCCCCAUCCUGGCUGGAGGGAUCGCCCUCUUCCUGCCCGAAACUCUGGGGAUGCCCCUCCCUGACACCAUCCAGGACGCAGAAGAACGAUCGCUCCGCCGGAAAUCCUCUAAGUCACUAAAAAAAGGAGAUAUCAUGCUGAAGGAAGCCAACAAUUCUCUACUGAGAGUAGAGACCAUCUGAAGUCACUGCCCAUACAAGUUACUGUUUCUAUCCACAAGGAGAUGCAUUCUAUAUAUA